AUGAGUGAGAACUUUGGUGCCCCUUAUUCCGAGUAUCCACUGGAAAAUGAAUUCAAUUACGGCUGGGCUGUGCCUGGAUACCCGCAACCUUCCCCCGUCGAGUUCGCCGAAACUAUCCCCGGUCGUGAUAUCCGUGAUAAUUCAUUAUCCAACAGCGACCGCGUGAAUGCAAAGGUCGCUAUCCCCCGGAAUGCACAACCCAGUAGUUGGACUAGCAGUGGUCGAGUCAGUCGAGCUUGCGAAAAUUGCCGUGAACAAAAGGCCAAAUGUAGUGGCCAUCGCCCAGCCUGUCAUCGAUGUCUGGAUUCCGGCGUCCAGUGCUCAUAUGGCGACCGGAAAAGGGAUAAGAUGGCAAAGCAGCUGAACGAUCUAACUACACAGGUUGAAACUUUUGAUGCCUUGCUCCGCGAUAUUUAUCCCAAGCUGGAUGUCUCGUCGGCCCAGCAGGUUGAUCAAACCCUGAUGGAGCUAAAUGCACGCACUUUGCUCACUCAAGUCAUUCCCCCUACCCAGAUCCCUGCCUUGUUCACCCACCCAUCAGGCCAUAUCAAUCACUCGGUACUUUCUCCUGCCAAUACUGGUAUAUCUAUUCCUUCGGGAAUUGUAGACUACACCGAAGAUGACUUCAAUGGAGACGAGAAAGUACAGGCGACGGGAUUUGUGGGCGAACAUUCGGUGACGGCAUGGUUGUACAGACUCAAACGCGACCUUGACCAUAACGGUUUGCAAACACCAGAGACCCCUGAACGCCCUUCGAUUUCUUCAGUGAACUACUUCCAAGAUGACUUGGAGAUUUCGGUUCUCGACGAUAUCGACCUCGCACGCCGGCCUUCACAACAAAUCGCUAACAGGCUCGUUGACACCUACUUUCACGUCGUUCAUCCUACCUUUCCGGUUAUUGGAAAGGCAAUAUUCCUGCAUCAGUAUCGAUCCUUCUAUGCGAAGAAUGUGCGACCUGGGAAACGAUGGAUGAUAAUGCUAAACCUAGUGUUUGCCAUUGCGACCAGACAUUCCUUGCUCGUCGAUCAACCCCAAACAAACUGCGAUGUCCAUCAGACUUAUUUUGCACGAGCGUGGAGGCUGAACGCAGGUAGCAUAUUGCUAAGUCAUCCCGACUUACAACAGGCACAGGUGGAGGGCUUGGCUGCUUUUUACCUCCUAUCGGUUGGCCAAAUUAAUAGGUCAUGGAGACUCAUUGGAUUUGCGAUUCGAUCGGCGGUGACUAUGGGUCUAAACAUUCGAAGCGAGAGCAAGAGCAUCACACACUGUUCGAAAGAACUUCGGUAUCGGGUCUGGUGGGCGCUAUUUAUGCUAGAUAUUGUGCUAUGUGAGAUGACAGGCCGUCCACCUGGUACUGGGGACAUUUUUUGCUCCACCCCACUCCCUGUCCCCUUCGCAGACGAGGACUUUUCUGAUACGCGUGUUGCGCAACUUAUUACCGACCAAAGGACUCGAAGUGCCUUUCUCGCCUCUUUGGUUUCCCAUACCACGGAGGCCUCGCCAAGGGAGAGCAUGACUCUCAGCACCCCGGGACAGCAAGGGUCGGGCAAUGUAAAACAAGAAAAGGCCAGUCAGACAGGGGCAGAGAACGUGACACCUAACCCCUCUCUGUGCUUUCUGUAUGCAGUGGACCUAUCUCAUCUCUUACGGGAGGCUAUUGGUGUCCUGUAUGCUCCUAGAGCAAUGCGACGGUCAUGGCAUGAGAUCGAAACCGCCAUUUCCACACUAAACAACCAUGCUGAUAACUGGUUGUCUCGUCUCCCGGCGGAGUUUGAUUUCACAACGCUAGACACAACUCACCAAUUUAUACAGCAGCGUGCUAGUCUUGCUUUCCGAUUUUACGCCACGAAGCUGAUAAUCUUGCAGCCCUGUAUCCGCCAUCUAUCUCAGUCAUCUGAAGCAAGCUCCCCGGGAACGGUGUGUGACCAUAUGGCAGCCUUGUGCGUUCAGAUGGCAGAUCAAAUGCUUGACCUUCUCCCCGAGGAGCUAGACUCGACUUGGCUGUAUAGCGUCGCUCCAUGGUGGUGCGUCCUGCACAACAUCAUGCAGUCGACUACCAUCCUUCUCACCGAGCUGUUCACGCGCACUCAUAUAGGCACCACGAAGGCGGUUUACAUCACCAAGAAGAUCAACAAAGCAACUCGCUGGUUGAAGGAGAUGUCAACCAAAGACCUUUCUUCGCAGCGAGCCUGGCUUGUCUGCAUGGACCUUCUUUCACGGCAUGGCUCGAAGUUUGGGUUCGAUGUUGACACCGAACUCUAG